AUGCCGUCGUCAUCCACCUCGCUCCACGCCCGUGCGCCGCCAAGUUCCUCACGCGACGACCACGACUGCUCAGACCACAAGCGCCAACAUCGAUCCGACAUCGACGACCACCGCAGGAGCAAAGACCGAGAUACUUCAUCCAACCGUCGCAAACGGCAUCGUGAAGAUGAUGAUCGCGACCGUCGCCGCAGCAGCAAACAUUCUCAGAACUCUCGAUCGCAUCGCGAUGAUGACCGCCGAGACAAAUCGGAUCGCGAACAUCGUCGCAAAGACCGCGACCGAGACCAUGGCAGCUCAAGUCAUUUGAGGCAUGACAGCGAUAGGCAUCAAAACCACAGGGAUCGCUCUUUGAAGCGACGCGAGACUUCGGAAGAGCGUCGCAUCCGCAAAGCCGCCAAGCGAUCCGAGAAGCUCAAGCAGCUCGAAGAGAGUUUCAUUGACCAAGAGGAAGAAGAGGGUGCCGCACAGCGUACAGCAGUGGCUGAGCUAAUGAUGUAUUCUGCCGAGGACAAUCCCUUCAACGACCCCACUUUGGGUCAGAAGUUUAAGUGGGGCAAGAAGGAAGAGAAGGAGCGAAAGCAAGGCCUGUCUCGCGAAGAAGCAGAGAAGCGCGAUGCACAACGCAGGCAAGAAGCCAUGGCUGAAAUCGAAAAGCUCAACGCAAAGCGUGCUGAGCGAGAGAAGCAGGCUGCAUUGCGUGAGGAGGAGGAGGCCAGAAUGGCACGUCUCGCCGAAUCAGCACAGAUGGCAAGCUGGGUUGCAAAGGAAGACGACUUCCACCUCGAACAAGCGCAGCGUCGUGCCGUGAUCCGUGUCAAAGAGAACCGCGCCAAACCCAUCGAUCUUCUCAGCAUCAACCUCAAAUGGGCCGAUCCGAACAUCAUCGCCGAACAAGAACACAAGCACGACGACGACGACGACGACGAAGCAGGUCUCGAGAUCGACCUUGAGGAGCCCUACACCAUUUUUGAGGAUCUAACAAUCCAAGAGACUGAGGAGUUGCAUCAGGAUAUUCAGAUGUAUUUGGAGCUCGAGAAGAACGAUUCGCAUCGGGACUUUUGGAGAUCCAUGCUUAUCGUUUGCGAUGACAAGCUCGAGGAGCUCAAAGAAGAGCAAGAUCGCAGCAAAGGCGGCGCUGCAAGUGUGCACUUGCGGCAGGAUCCGGAAGAAAGAGGACGCAUCAACAGCAUGCUUGAGCCAAAGUCGACAGACGAGUUGCAGCAGCUUCAGGAUCAAGUACGAGCCAAGUUGGCAUCGGGAGAGCCUGUUGAUGUCGAGUAUUGGGAGAGGGUGCUCAAGUCGAUUGUUGUCUGGCGGGCCAAGGCUCGGUUGGGAGUUUUACACGAAGCUGUGCUGUCGAAUCGACUCGAAUACCUGCGACGAAAGCAGCGCGAUGAGGCGGUACGACAACAGCAAGAGCUUUUCAUCCAGACGGGCGAGGACUCUGUAGACGAGCAGCAGGAAGCGCUGGAUGCUCAAGACACAGCGAAAGCAAAAGCCAAUGCAGAAGAAGCAGCUCUCGAAGCGCUUUACGAUCCCGACGAGAUGGAACCCGCGGCCAUCGACCCCUCUCGUCUGAGCUACGAAGACGGUCGUCUAGCCAUCAAGACCCUUGGCGAAGACCUUUCAGAGCUUGUCGCCGCACGUCGCCGUGUCACGGACGAAAUCUUCAUCCCCAAGACUCGCUACAACGAUCUCGACCGAUGCUCCUCCUUCAACCCGGCGGACCGCAUGUUCAUCCAAGAAGCCAGCAAAGCUCUCGACGUCACGGAAGAAAUCAUGCCUACCGACGAAGCGCUCACCCAUGAAACGUAUCAAUGGCAGGACAAGUAUCGUCCGCGCAAACCGCGCUUCUUGAAUCGUGUCCAUACCGGGUUCGAUUGGAACAAGUACAAUCAGACACAUUACGACUCGGACAAUCCACCACCGAAAACGGUGCAGGGUUACAAGUUCAACAUCUUCUAUCCGGAUUUGAUCGACAAGAACGUAGCUCCGACGUACAAGGUGGUGAAGGAGAAGGGAGAGGAGCAGACGGUGUUGUUGAGGUUUAGUGCCGGUCCGCCGUAUGAGGAUGUUGCGUUUAGGAUUGUGAAUAGAGAGUGGGAGUAUAGUCAUAAGAGAGGUUUUAGGAAUACUUUUGAUAGAGGCCUUUUGCAGUUGCAUUUUAACUUUAAGCGCUUGAGGUAUCGCAAGUGA